GUGUCCCAAGAAGCUGCCGCUGGCGGACGAGGUGAUCGAGUCGGGGCUGGUGCAGGAUUUCGAUGCCAGCCUCUCGGGCAUCGGCCAGGAGCUGGGCGCCGGGGCCUACAGCAUGAGCGAUGUCCUUGCCUUGCCUAUCUUUAAGCAAGAGGAAUCGAAUCUGCCUCCCGAGAAUGAGAAUAAGAUCCUGCCUUUCCAAUACGUGCUGUGCGCAGCCACAUCCCCCGCUGUGAAGCUCCAUGAUGAGACACUUACCUAUCUCAACCAAGGUCAGUCAUAUGAGAUCCGGAUGCUGGAUAAUAGGAAAAUUGGGGAGCUACCUGAGAUCAACGGGAAGCUGGUGAAGAGUAUAUUUCGCGUGGUAUUCCAUGACCGGCGGCUGCAGUACACGGAGCACCAGCAGCUGGAGGGAUGGAGGUGGAACAGGCCGGGAGACCGGAUCCUGGAUAUCGAUAUCCCCAUGUCAGUGGGUAUCAUAGACCCCCGGGCCAAUCCCACGCAGCUAAACACGGUGGAGUUCCUCUGGGAUCCUUCCAAGAGGACUUCAGUCUUCAUCCAGGUGCACUGCAUCAGCACAGAGUUCACCAUGCGGAAGCACGGGGGUGAGAAGGGUGUGCCCUUCCGGGUCCAGAUCGACACCUUCAAAGAGAACGAGAAUGGGGAGUACACAGAGCACCUGCACUCUGCCAGCUGCCAGAUCAAAGUCUUCAAGCCCAAAGGAGCAGACCGGAAGCAGAAGACAGACAGGGAGAAAAUGGAGAAGCGAACACCCCACGAGAAGGAGAAAUACCAGCCUUCCUAUGAGACUACGAUACUCACAGAGUGCUCGCCAUGGCCAGAGAUCACCUAUGUCAAUAAUGCGCCAUCCCCUGGCUUUAACAGCUCCCACAGCAGCUUCUCCAUUGGCGAAGGCAAUGGCUCUCCAAACCAUCAGCCCGAGCCACCCCCUCCAAUCACGGAUAACCUCCUGCCCACAAGUACGCCCCAGGAGGCUCAGCAGUGGCUGCAUCGGAACCGCUUCUCCACAUUCUCACGACUCUUCACAAACUUCUCAGGUGCAGACUUACUGAAGCUGACAAGAGAAGAUGUUAUCCAGAUCUGUGGUCCGGCAGAUGGCAUCCGGCUCUUCAAUGCAUUGAAGGGACGGAUGGUGCGGCCGCGGCUGCUGACCAUCUACGUCUGCCAGGAAGCACAGCAGGUGCGGGACCAGCAGCAGCAGCAACAGAAGCAUGAGGAUGGGGAGGCAGCCAACGUCACGUUCUUUGUUUACCACGCUAUUUAUCUGGAAGAGCUGACUGCAGCAGAACUGACAGAAAAAAUAGCCCAGCUCUUCAGCAUCUCCUCUCGACAGAUCAGCCAGAUCUACAAACAAGGCCCAACAGGGAUACACGUACUGAUCAGCAACGAGAUGAUCCAGAACUUUCAAGAUGAAUCGUGUUUUGUUCUGGACACAAUGAAAGCUGAAACCAAUGAUAGCUACCACAUCAUCUUAAAAUAAAGAGGGGGCUGGACUCUGCAAGGCGGCAGUCCUCUCUCAUCACAUGUGAAGACCCAUCACUGACUGCACAGAGACACAGGCAGAGAGAUCCUGAACUCCACAGAGUCUUCGCUAAAGAACCCAGUCUGUUUGUUACUACGUGAUGCUUUCUGGCAGAGGAACACCCCCCCCCCCUUUUAUUUUAUUUUUUUUUUUGCUCCUCUGGCAUGCCAGCGCACUGCUUCACCUCUGGAAUGGAGGCAAAAGUUGGCACAUUGCAUUGUCAUUAGCUGUUGGGAUCCAACCCUAGGUCCCGUGACAGCCCGUGUCUGAAGCCUUGAGAGGGGUUGACUGCUACGAUGCUUCUGAAGGCUCUCACAAGUGAACUCUUCUGACAAAUUGCCCAGCACCCUUUCUGGCAUGUGCUGGGCUGAGCAGGUCUCAGCUAGGUGCCCCAGUUGUACUGACAGAGCUGGGGGGUGGGAGGACUCUUAAGCUUUUAUUUGACAUUGUCUGUUGAUACGUUGUAAAGCCGUUAUGCUCAUCCUCCUCUCUCAAGUCACGUUGAUUUUUAGUUCUACUCUGUGUGUGUGUGUGCGCACGCGCGCGCGCAUGUUUUGUCUUCCCCUGCCAGUGUCAGGAUUGUCAGGAACACUAUGCAGACUUGAGGUUUUGAUGGUCACUUUCUACGCAGACAAAUGCCGCUUUACUCUCUGCUCAAGCAACUUUGCAAAAGGAAAUCUGAAGGAGCUAACUCAUGGAUUGAUUUGUUGUUCUGCAUGAGUUUUUUUUGAAAAACAAAAAACCAAAAAACUCCUUGAGACUUUUUUUCAGGGCAAAGGAAGCAAAAGAUAUCUGCUGUAUUUUUAAUGAAAACAUGAGUGGUGUUUUAUUAGCAUGUUGACUAUUUCCCCCUCUCCCCCUGCUCCCCAAUCAGCUUGAAAUUCCCUUAGGAACUGGAACAGAAUUAGACCAGUCCUACGUGCACUAAGAAGGAUUUUCUACAGCAGGAGCCUGCGGGGUUUGUGCAAAGCCACGGUGACAAAAAGUGCCUACAUACAGACUUUGAGGAUGGGAGCCAUCGGGCCUCUUGGGUAAAGAAUCUGCCUUCUUAAACAGAUGCCUGAGCAUAUCUCACAAUGCCCAAAAUGAGCUUCCUAUAAGGAAAUGAGGCUCACAUGCCUUAUUUGCCCAAAACAACAGGUUCUGGUGCAAAGCAGGUGGCUUUUUAAAAACUAUACAUGCAUUUCCCAGCCCCUCCCUGCCGGCCCUCCCCCAGAGAAGCCCAAAGCAGAAGUGUUCAAGUCAACAACUAAGGUUGCAACAUGAAACCAAUGCAAAGCAGGAUCUGCUGGGUUCUGAUUUGCCAGGAUGGGGUGAAUUAAAUGAGUCUGACAAUCGCAUCACCAUGGUCCAAAAUAGCUGCUAAGAUACUGACUGCUCUUGUUGUGAUAAGCCAUAAGAGACCUGUAUGCAACUUCUGUCCGCCUCCGCUCAUUUCCUCCCUCCAAAGAUGGCGGGCAAAAUCCUUUUGCAUUCUAGGCUGUAUUUGAAGUGAUGUAACUGGUCGCUUCUGGCUCAGAGUUGUCCACCAUCCAAUGGCCACUGUCUGAAAAGAGCCAGACACUCCUGCCCCAGUAUCCUAGCAGAUACUGGUCAGUACCACAGUUGGUAAAGAUGGCUGGUAAGUCAUGUUUAUAGGGACAUAGUUGAAUUUGCUUUAAUGCCAAAGUGGCUGGUUUCUCUUGGGUUUAGUCUGAACAAACUUCUAAAAGCUGCUCGUUACUGAGCCUUCAGUAUCGUGGGCUUGAUGGAAGAUAGCAGCCUGCAGUGUCCCUCUCUCUGGCUUUAAAGAGGUUUGGAUUAUAACCUUUGUCACACUUAAUCUAGAACAGAGAUACAAAUGCUUCUAAAAUGGCUGCAGCUCCUCAGCUCAUGAAAGGCCAAGGCCUCCCUGUUGUUACGCACUUGGGGGAAAGAUGCCAAGAAAAGCCGUGGAAAGCUGGCAGACUUCCACCCGCUGAACAAUGACGUGUGCUGCUCCUGAUUUGACGGGACUCUGAAUUCUGCCUCCAGAGGUGCUAUUGUUUUGGCCGCUGGCCUUUUGUAUGGAUUUUAAUACAUCCGUGAUUGGGCAGGGAUGUAUAUUUUAGUCUUGGCUCUUUUUUUUUUUUUUCCUUUCCUGUUUAGUAUGCAAGAAGUGUAAUAGCCGAUGUACCAGAGUGACAUGGACUCGUUUAAACUUUUUGUAUCGCUAUUUCUGGGUGUGUACAGAUUCUUUUAAUUAAUUCAUCAUGUUUGGACACAGAAA